AAGACUUGGUUUGCGAUGAGGGGAUCAUGCAUAUAUCGAUUGUUAGUUAAUAAGAAGCAAUUUUCAAGAAUUCCAUCACAGUCGUCUCAACACAGGGCACACAGUCUUCAGGCGAGAUGCUUUAGCAGUGCCAGUUCUAGUAUUCCAAGUGAGUGUGUACAUGAGGCUAAGCCAUUCUCCUCUAUUCCUGGCCCUCCUAGAAUACCCAUUUUGGGUACCCUGUUGCCUUACAAACUAGGUUUUAGGAAACUACCUGCAUACCACAAGGAUAUAUGUGAACUCUUUGAGAAGUACGGUCCAGUUAUUCGAGAAAUCUUUGGCUCCCAGAUCAUUGUUCAUGUGUAUGAUCCAUCUGAUAUCCGCCAAGUUUACGAAAAUGAUGGGAAGACACCCCACAUACCUCCCUUACAAGAGACUACUCAGUUUUACCGACAACAAAAGGACAUGUCUCUUGGACUUGGGAACAUAAAUGGAGAAGAUUGGUACAAGUUACGCCAUGCUGUCCGACAGAUGAUGUUACGUCCCAAGGAAGUCAGCUAUUAUUAUCCUUUGCAGGAUGGGGUUGCCAAACAAGCUGUGGAUCUAAUUCAGGAGAGGAUUGAUAAUAACGGGGUUGUUCCAGGCUUGCAUUUCCUUGUUGGAAAGUGGAUACUUGAGUCUGCUGGUAUGUGCUGUUUUGAAAAGUCAUUGGGAAGUUUCUGCAAUGAUGACAGAGGAGAACUAGCUCAGAAAAUGGUUGAAGCAAACAUUGAAAUCUUCAAGUUGUCUGCUGAAUUAAAAUUUUCUCUGCGAUUGUACCGUUUCUUCCAGACUCCAAAGUAUCAAAAGUUACAUGACAUUGAGGAUUUCUUUUAUGGAGUCUCCAUUCAGUUUAUCACAGAAACAAUCAGAGAGAUUAGCAACCUUGCAGAGGAAGGACGACUUGAAGAAGGAAAGUUCAAUUUUCUCAGUUACUUGAUGUCUCGUAAAGAGUUGUCAGAGAAGGAUGUUAUCACAAUCACCUUGUCAUUAUUUUCGGAUGGACUUUCAACGACAGCACCCACUCUCCUUGGUAACCUGCAUUGCUUGGCACUAAACCCAAAAGCACAGGAUCGCUUGUAUCAAGAAAUUAUGGCACAUGUUGAUCCUGAUGCCCCCAUCACUCUCCAUACAGUCAACAAAUUACAUUACAUGAAGGCAUUCGUCAAGGAAGUCUUCAGAUUUUACCCCAUUGGAGAAUCAGUGCAGAGGUUGCCCCAAAAGGAUCUGGUACUUGGUGGCUAUCAUAUUCCUGCCGGGACUUACGUUGAUUUGAAUCCAUAUGUGUGGUUACAGAGCGAACAGUAUUUCAAAAGGGCUAAGAGUUUCCAGCCUGAGCGUUGGCUAAGAGAGGCUGGUGUAGGACCACUUGUUGAUCCAUAUAUACUCAACCCAUUCAGCAUUGGUACUCGAAUGUGUGCAGGACGUAGAUUUGCAGAGCAGGAUUUAUAUGUAGGGAUGUGCAGACUUCUGCAGAAAUUCCGAAUUGAAGCCACAAGUUAUGAGCCUCCUGAACAAGAAUGGAGAAUUUUGCUGAGACCCAAGACACCCUUACCUAUUCGAUUUCUUCCCAGGGAGUAAAUUUCUGUGGUUUAGAAUUAAUUUUACCCACUGUUAAAAUUAGCUUACAUUUUUCCAUCAUUAGGUGCAAUCGGCUUUCAAAAUAAAAUAACGCUUAGCUAACCUGCUAGGACUGACUUUGAAAUCACCUGUUUCCUCACCAGGUGGCACUGGAAUGUUUAUGUUUGUGACAGAAUUCUUCUUUCUGUGCCCAUAUGCUUAUGGUGUGAACCAGCAAUAUUAAUUUUGACUAUUCCUGGCUGAUUUUCUCCUUUACAGUAUUGUGGUUCUUUUCUGUUUUUGCAUUAUGUGAUUCACAGAAGCAGAGGUAGAAGCAUUAGGCUGUACUGGAGCAAGUUUUGUGUAAACUGAAUGUUUCUGUUGGCCUUGAUGGCCAGGUGUGUGUUAGACUACUUGAUUUGACAUGAGUGUGCUAUGUUCUUCUAGUUGUGGAGAGAUAAUUAGUGACCUGAUGAGAGGAUGAAUAAUUUUGUGAAUAAUUUGGCAGAUGCCAGAGGCUGAUGGAUUACAUAGACAAUUCGUUAGAGCCAGCCAUAAGCCUUCUCAAUCUUUUCUUUCUUGUGUUGGUUCCGUUUUCACUCCCUUGUUCCAUGUUCUUAUGCUACCUAUGUGGUUCAGGAUAAAAACAGUAGGUGAAUUUAGGAAUAUAUUCUUCUAUUGGCUAGACAUUUGAUUAUGUAUGUUGUGGGUGAAGAUCACUGUUCCCCAGUAGUGAUUGACUUUUCACUAAAUCUGUUGUUGACGUCCCCAGGUAUGUCUCCCCCUCUGGCAUUUAUUGUUUCUCUGGUUACACUAACCCAUCAUCCUCAUUCAAUGAGGUAGUUGGCUAACUUCAUCCACUCUCCAAGGCGGUUGAAGAAACACCAAAUGUAUCAUGGGGUUAAUGCGUGGUCGUUGACCACUCUCAACCUUGUCUACGCCUGAGUUGCCAGAUGCCACAGAUUCCUUGCAUUACAAUCUUUAAUUGUUUUGUUCAUACGCGAACAAACCUUCAGUCUUAACAAUAGGAUAAUUUCUAGCACCUUGCUGGAUCCGGUUAAAAAGCAGAUGGAAUCUUGUGAUAUCUGGCAACGCAUGCGUAGCUCAGGUGAGGAGUGGUCAAGGACGACGACGCUACGCCAGUCUUUUUUUUUGACUGCCUGGGAGAGUCGUGUUAACCUCUCUUGGCUUUUUCCCUGUUCAUUGCCCGUUUCACGUGUGUUUAGUGUGGGUGUGUGUUUGGCUGAUAUUAUGGCUUCUUCUGCUCCUUCUCGGCAUCAGCGUAUGUGCCCCGGAGUUCCAGGUUUUCCGUGUUCUCGUUUUCUGGCUUCGGCAGCAACUGACCCUCGCAUAACGUGCAGUAGGUGUCAUUCUAAUUUUUGUACUAUCACGAACCCUUGCACGGAAUGCUGGGCGUGGACUAAGGAGCAGUGGAGGUCGUUUUAUGGCAAGAAAGAACAUCGGAGGGUUUUGACUCUUCCUACUUGGGAAGGUUUUUCGCCUCUUCCCGAUGUUUCCUCUCCUGCAGUAGUCAACCCCCAUAGUAGCGUUGUCCCUGCAUCUCCUUCCUUUUCUUCCAUUGAUUCGUCGCUGGAAGUAUCGGGAGGCCACCAGGCUGAUGUUUGUAUUGUAGCCCCUUCUUCCUCAGGAGUUUAUUUGAUUCCCAAGAAGGGUGAAGCCUUGUCAUCAAUCUCUUCUCUUCCAGAGUCGGAGGCGUCCAAAAUGGCAGUGAUUUGGAAGACAUUGUUUUUAACUGGUUUCCAGAUAGCACUAGAAGAUAAUCCUAUUGUUAAGACUGAAGGUUUGUCAGCUAUGAAAUAUACAAAUUGAUUCAAGAUUUAUUAUUAUGAUGAAAUUAAUUAUUUGGAUACUUGCCUAUUGUUGAAGUGGAAACCCACCCAUCUUCCCCACAUCUUAGUGGGUGGUCAUGAUGAAUUCUGACAGCAUAAACAUUCCAACACUACCGGUGGGAAACAGAUGAUUACAGAGACUGUCCUAGUGGGUUAGCCAAGCAUUAUUUUAUUUAUUUUGAAUAUCCAUCGCAUGAAGACAUAAGCUAACUUUAACAGUAGGUAAUUAUUCAAAGAAUCAAUUUUAUCAUGAUAUUUGUUUUUUUAAGAAAAUAGAAUCUGAUCCACUGUUGUCAGCUUUCAAGCCCUAUUAUCUUAAUGAAAUUGCAUUGCAAAAUAUAUUUGAUCAGGUUGUAGAAAAUGGAGAGAAGAUUACCAGAAGACAGGUUGGUAAAGAUCAAAGAAGAUUGAUAAAGCAGCAGGUCUAUGGUUGAAUGAUUAGUAAUGUGAAGUUUUUCAACAUUUUGAUUGAAGUUGAAUACAUAUACAAAAGUGGCCAAUUGAGCAUUUGAACAUUCCAUUUUUUGUUUCUGUAUGAUAUCUGGGAUUUCUAAGAGGACAAAUGAUGAGAUAUGUUCAUUGACUAUUUGGAAUUAAGCUAGGACAUUACUUUCUUUUGGCUGCUAAGGUUGGGGUUUUCUUUUUAAGUUUUGUUUUUACUGAUUUUUUUUAGUUUCCCAGCCUGUAAGAGGCAGGUAAACUUAUUCUCUGGGAUCAAGCCCAACUCUGUGGCCUUCCGCCUUCAUUUUCUUGUUUUGUAUUUUUAUUACAUGUAUAUAUACUAUUACUUUUAACAAAAUCCCUGUGACACCUUUAUGUUCUAAUAUGGUUUGCCCUAUAUAUUACUUUUAAUAACAAGAUCCCUUAGACACUGUUUACUCUAAUAUGGUUGCCCAGAGGAUAUAUUAUUAAGAAACUGGUGCAAGGUGAUGUUAAAGAAGUUGGUGAAGUGCUGUGGAGAAGACUGAAAAACUGAUGAAAAGUAGUGGUUCCCCCUCUUAUGUGGGUGUAAUACCCCUGGAUUCACUCUUCCAUUGUUUACUUAAUUUCUUUCUAGGGCGGGAAAGAUAGGGCAGGAAAGAAAUUAAGUAAAGUACAAAGCUCCAGAAGAGGAAUUAACACUAUAAGGUUCCAUGUGGUCAACAGGUAAUUAUACAUGAAAAUUGUUAGACCAUACUAAUGCCUGCAGCAAACCCAAACUUGUUUUCACACAGAUGAUACUAGGUUUAUAAUUGUAAAAUGUGUUGUACGUAGUACAAUAUGUUUUAUUCAUGUUUAGAGGGUAAAAAGAGUAAUUUGUAUUUUUUGUUGUCAUUACAAUUUCAUUAGAGUUUUGCAAAAACAUCAGAAUUUCAUUUUAUAAAGAGAAAGGGAAAGAAAAAUCAUUGUGUACUUUAUGAUACUACUAUUAUGAUAAUGUAAAAUGUUCAUUAGUUGUAUAUUCACUGCUUAAGCUUUGGUAUAUACAGAGGAUGUAUGUACGUUCAUGAAAAUUACAUUAUUACAUAUGGAGUUACAUAUGGAUCACUGUUAUUAGCAGUUUCCACUUUUGCCAUAGGUUCUGGAAUGUCACCUACCAUAGAUAGGGGAGUCUACAGUGUAAUGUAUGAAUGCAAAAUGUAGUGAAAUUCAUAUCCAAUUUUUAAUAAUCCUGAGUGCUUGUUGAGAAUGGUCAAAAUAUCCGAAAUGCUCUCUGUUUAGUAAUUAUUGUAGAUAUUACUAUAGUAUUUAACAUUUCUUUUUUGUGAAUGAAAUGUUAACAUAUUUUUUAUAUUGAAAGAUUCCAUUAGUUCUCCAAAAUGUUAUUCAAGAUUGUAAGAACUUGGUAAAGACCUGCAUGAAGUAUUUGCUAAUGAUAUUGGGAAGUAGGCAGUCCCCAGUUAAUGACGGGUUCCAUUCCUGGCCAAGUGCCGCUAAUUGAAAAUCAUUUUUAAGCUGAACGUCGCAAUAAUUAUGUACUAAUGUGAAAAUCACAUUAUUACAUAUGGUUCACUGUUAUUGGCAGUUUCCACUUUUGCCAUAGGUUUUGGAAUGUUACCUACCAUGGAUAGGGUAGUCUACAGUGUAAUGUAUGAAUGCAGAAUGUAGUGAAAUUCAUAUCCAAUUUUUAAUAAUCCUGAGUGCUUGUUGAGAAUGGUCAAAAUAUCUGAAAUGCUCUCUGUUUAGUAAUUAUUGAUAUUACUAUAGUAUUUAACAUUCCUUUUCUGUGAAUGAAAUGUUAACAUAUUUUUUAUAUGUAUUGAAAGAUUCCAUUAGUUUUCCAAAAUGUUAUUCUAGAUUGUAAGAACUUAAUAAAGACCUGCAUGAAGUAUUUGCUAAUGAUAUUGGGAAGUGGGCAAUCCCCAGUAAAUGACAGGGGUUCCAUUCCUGGCCAAGCGCCGCUAACCGAAAAUAAUUUUUAACCUGAACAUCACAAUAAUUAGGGUAUUAAAUGGUGUUUACAAUGCCGUAAAUGCUGAUCAGUGCCAAUAAACCUUUUACUGAUGCCAAUAAACUGCUUACUGGUGGUCAUAAACCUCCUACCAAUACUGAUAAAUUACCUGUUGACACUGAUAAACCCACUUACCGUUAAUGAAAAUUGCUAAUCGGCCCCAAAAAUUAGCUAAGUGUCGUUAGAAUUAAACGCUCUUAACGGGGACUGCGUGUAUUGUGAAAAGCAGAUAUGAUAACUGCUUCUAACUCAUAACCUGCUUGUCCUAAACAUAUGUACCCUCACAUUUGACCUAAAUUUCCCCAAAAAAUAUCAGUUGACAAAACUUUAGAAAUUAAAUUUCACAAAAUAAUAAUGAGAGUGUUAACACAUGAGUAAAUGAAUGAAAAUUAAAUGUUACAUACUAAAAAUUUAAAUAAAUAUGUAAGAAAAUUUAUUUGUGAAUAUGUAAAAGAGUGAUACAGACAGUCCAGUAUGUAUAACUUCACUAGUGAAGUGUUUCGGGUUAUAAGUUUGGGGCUGUUUGCACUUUCAGUCAUUUUUUUAAUAUGAAGAGUCAGGCUAUACUGUAAACCUCCCAGAUUCUUGGAUGUGUACCCCAUGAAUAGCUGAAAUCCACGAAUAUUUAAAAUGCCCCUAAAAAUGCUUAAAACAGCCUUUUGAUAGUUCAAGCAAAAAAAAGUCCUCUUAAAAUGCAUGUACUAAUUGAGUAUUUUAAUAGUUUUAUCACAAAAAGUGCAUUUAAUCAUGAAAAGGAUAGGAAAAGAUAGUACAUAAUUGGUGAAUAUUUUUCAGUGAAAAAUCCUGCGAAUAGACAUAUUAUCUGCGAAUAAUGUGUACUAUAUAUGUUCCAUAGAGAAAUCUGCAAAUCGUUGAGUCUGCAAAUUGUGAGCCCAUCAGGUUUACUGUAUAUUUCUUGAUACACAUUUUAUGGUUCCUUUAAAAAAUGGAUAACUUAUUAUCAUUACAAUGCAACAGGAUGGUCAUAAUAAAGUGUGAAGAAGAAGUGCCCGCUGUGCUAUGCACAUUCACUAGCACAUUUGGGUCUUCUCCUUUUCUGCACUCUGCAGUUGUGCAGACCAAGCCUUGGCUUGCUACUUCGGUGGUUGGUGGUUUGAAUCCCUCGGGAAGGAGGUUAUUGUUAGCAUCUGUUAUCAGGUGAUAAUGCCUGGUUGUAAUGAAGACUGCCAUUGUUAAAGCUGACUGUGGUUUUGGGAUGCAUUUUAUGCUUGAAAAUGAGUCUUUAUAAUACCAGGUGUUUCCUAAAAAUGAUUGAAGGGUUUAUUAGGUAGGUUUUUUUAAUCCCAGAAUAUACAUUAAAAAAUAGGUAAACAAGAUGGGAAGGGUCAUAUCACAGCACUGUAUAAUGAUAUUUGCUUCAUUAUUAAGUACAGCUAUCUGUCUGUAUGGGUGAAUAUUACCGGAAAUAACACAUUUAUUUGGUGUCUAAAACUCCAUUUUUCAUAAGGAGAAUUGCUUCGGUUAAAAGUGUAUGUCUUCUCUCAUUUCCAGUGGGAUGGUACUCAAGGUUUACCCUUGGGUCCUAAGCUGGAGGGGAACUUGUGACUGGUACUUCAUUUUUUUAUAGCAUCAUUCAGUUUUUGAUGUUGGUUUUAGUAACAUGCUUCAUUAGCUAUCUAUGUACUUACCUCCUUAGUUUAAGCUAUGAAACACAUGGAUUCUUGUAUGUUUCCUUUCAGCUAAAUUUCCUCAACUUUUUCUUGUCUGGGAAUAACAACAGCAUUUGUUAAGUUGAUAAUUUUUUGUUUACUCCAUACUGUCUAGAAUUCUCUGUUUUUGAUUGCACCAUAGGUAACUUAUGAAAGUAAGUCAUUAUUUUGUGCCUUUUAUUAGCAAAAAGCAAAGUUAUGUAUUACAUAAUAAGAAAAAUAUGUUGAAACUUUAGCAUAUCAGUAAAGACAUGCAUUAUUGAAAAUAGUGCUAAUGUUCAGGGAAAAUUCCUACUUAUCCAGAUCAGUGGUAUUCUACUGAGUACAAUUAAAUGUGAUUUUACAACAAUACUAGGGUUUAUUUAUGUAUGUAAUUCCAUUUUACAUAUAUGUACUGAAAAGCAGUUCAUGGAAUAUUUAAAAAUUUACGUUUCAAUUUUUAGUGUAAUAUGGUAUAGCUCAUAGAACCAAAGUUGCUUGAUAUUUUAUUAGAAAGUGAAGCUUGUGAUCUCUUGACAAUAAAGGCAUGUAUGCUCACACAUUUAAAUGUGUAGAAAUGUUUCUUAAAAUACUGUUUAUCAUUGGAGGUAAAGAGGUGUUUUUGGAUCUGAAUCACUGGAAAUUAAUAUUUUGUCAUCUUAUUCUUUGCUGCCCUCCUUUUCAUUGCUCUCUUGCCACAAUAAAAUCCCAUUAUUUUUUAACAGUGAUGUGACAGUUUUUGCACAAACGCUGUCCACAAAGUUGUACAAUAUUUCCUAAGCGGUAGAAUGUGCAUAAUGCCACUUUUUUUUUUUAUUGGCUUUUGGAUAUGAACCAUCCGUUUAUUCCACUCCUAACUAGUAGUGUCUUCAAAGUCCUGUUUAGGUUUUCAUUUACAGUCCUGUUUCCGUUUUCAUUGAGAGGUUAAAACACGGGCAUUCAUCAUCAUACAUUACUUCAAUUAAGUAUUGUUUCUUUGUAGAUACUUCUGGGGCAUUGUUAGGCAUGAUGUGUACAUGGCCAAAACCAGCAAGCACUUUUUCUUUGCUUAAACCACUUCGGGAAUCUAAUCUGCACUUUGUCAGCCAAUAAAUGUAGUCCAUUUUCAUCCAUCCAAUCUUUUUCAUAAAUGUGGACAAAAACAUUAGAGGCAGCUUUAUAUUUGGCAUGUUCUUGGCCUAAAAAUAACCAUUGAUUUGCAAUAGUUCUGUCUACAUGGCAACUUCAUGUAACUGAUUUUACACUUUUUAUAAAUUUUCAUUUGGUCGUUUCCCUAAUUUGGAGUAAACAGCUUCAACAUGAAGUACAUACAUAGAAAAGUAAGGCAUUUCAUCCAUAGUAUUAUUAAUCUGAUGCUGUGGAUAAUUGGUAAUUAUGUCUUCAAGGUCUGCUGAAAGUUUCUGAGCAAAUAUUCUUCUGAUGAUACAUAACAAUUUCAUGUUCAUACAGUAAGAAAAUCACUUUGUAGUUGCACCGAGAUCUUUGGUUUCAUCUAGAUGUACUUUUGCCUUUCUUGUGUGCUUCUGUAUGCUAGUUUCAGGUACUAAUUGUAUAUUUCUUUUAUCCAUCCUUUUUAGUGUAGGGCAACUAUUGUUUUAUUUGAUAGGUUGCAUACUAUGCAAAAUAUGUGCCAAUUAUUUGAAGGUAUUCUGGUUAGUGCUUUGCCAUAGUCUUCUGACUUAGUUUUGCUCCAGGGUAUUGUGUAAUGUAGCCUAUCAGUAUACGUAAGGCUUCUGGACACCAGUAUGUUUUGGUGGUUGACCUAACUGGGAGGCAUGAGCCUAAACUAGAAUAUUGAGCUGAGUCUUGAUGUGGUUUAUAUGCCAAACUAACUUGUAUGCUGCCAUGUGCAAUGUGGCCUUUUUUGUUAGUGGUUAUGUGUACAGUAAAAAUUUGGAGUAGCACAAAAUAAUUAUAAUUUCAUUACAUUGCAUUUCUGUUUAGGCAAUUCAGACCAUGGUCUAUAUACAGAAACAUGUACUUAUUUUUGAAGAUUACUUAUUUUUAAAUGGUAAGAUUUUAUAUUUGAUGAAGUAAAGUUAUAUUUUGAGA